AUUAAAUCAUGUCUUCCCGUGCCUCUUUCAUCCUCCUUUUCCUUUUCUCCUUCCUCACUAGCUUCCGAGCUACAGCGGUAAGGCCCAACUUUGUACACCAUGAUUGUCGAAAUACGACAAGGUAUUCAGCGAACAGCACUUACUUCACCAAUCUCAAAACACUUUGGUCCUCUCUCUCUUCUACCAAUGCCUCAUACUCCACCGGUUUCCAGAACGCUUCGGCUGGACAAGCUAGGGAUAUGGUCACGGGACUUUUCCUCUGCCGAGGAGACGUCUUGCCUGACGUUUGUCGUGACUGCGUCUCCUUUUCUGUCACCGAUAUCGUAACUAGGUGUCCCGAUCAGAGAGAGGCCAUUAUCUAUUACGAGGAGUGUAUGCUCAGAUACUCCGACCGGAAUAUUUUCUCGAACCUCACACUCACCGGAGAUUUUUUGAUGUAUAACGCUAAUAGUAUUACAUCUGUGGAAGAAACAGCUCGGUUCGAAAAAGUGGUGUUGACCACAAUUAUUGAAGCUGCCUUUGAAGCAGCGAACAACUCUCGAUAUUUCUGUACGAGAAGUGUAAGGACGUACCAGUUCCAGAAUUUGUACAAUUUCCAGUUCCAAAAUAUCGAAUCCCAGAAUUUGUACGUCCUGGUUCAGUGCACUCCUGAUCUGACCAGACAAGACUGUUUGUCCUGUCUGGAACUAUCUAUCUACAAAUUGAAUUUUGAACGCACUGGAGCAAGACUUCUUUUACCUAGCUGUAAUUCGAGGUACGAACUUUACCAAUUCUACAACGAAAGCGUCGUUGAUACACCACUGCUGCCUUCGCUGCCUCCAACGCCCCUAGUGGCCUCUACUCCUCCGGUGUCAUCUGCUCCACGACCUAGUAAUGGUGGGAAUUUAAAUGUGUUAGCCAUAGCCGUCCUUGCGGCUAUUAUAAUGGCUUUGCUACUUUUCAUAGCUGGUUAUUGUUUCCUUGCAAAGAGGACAAAGAGGGCUUCUGAUAGUGCACCAGCCUUCUAUGGAGAUGAUAUAACAACAAUAGACUCGCUGCAACUUGAUUAUAGAACAAUUGAAGCUGCAACAAAUGAUUAUUCAGAUAAUAAUAAGAUUGGUAGAGGUGGAUUUGGCGAAGUUUACAAGGGUACUUUUUUGAAUGGGACUGAAGUUGCCGUGAAGAGACUGUCCAAAUUAUCAGGACAAGGUGAAACAGAGUUCAAGAACGAGGUUAUUGUUGUUGCAAAGCUUCAGCAUAGAAAUUUGGUAAGGCUUGUAGGGUUUUCUCUAGAACGGGAAGAAAGGAUACUGGUCUAUGAAUAUGUGCCCAACAAAAGCCUUGAUUACUUCCUCUUUGACCCCACAAAGAAGGAUCAGCUAUGCUGGACACGACGAUACAAGAUCAUAGGAGGGAUUGUUCGGGGAAUGCUAUAUCUUCAUCAAGAUUCACGGCUAACAAUAAUACACCGUGACCUCAAAGCAAGUAACAUUCUCCUAGAUGCAGAUAUGAAUCCAAAAAUUUCUGAUUUUGGAAUGGCAAGGAUCUUUGGGAUGUACCAAACUCAGGAGAACACGAGCAGAAUUGUCGGUACCUACGGCUACAUGUCUCCUGAAUAUGCUAUGCAUGGCCAGUUCUCAAUGAAAUCUGAUGUCUAUAGCUUCGGAGUGUUAGUUCUUGAGAUUAUAAUUGGUAGGAAGAAUAGCAGCUUCUAUGAGAGAGACGGUGCACAUAACUUGGUUACAUAUGCAUGGAGACUUUGGACUAACAAAGAAGAGUUAGACCUUGUGGAUCCAGUUAUAGUAGCCAAUUGCCAGAAGCGUGAAGUGGUUCGAUGCAUCCAUAUUGGUCUUUUAUGUGUUCAAGAGGAUCCUGCAGAGCGUCCAACCUUUUCAACCAUUUUGCUGAUGCUCACUAGUAACAAUUUGAUUUUACCAGUGCCUCAACAACCAGGGUUUGUCAUUCAGACUAGACCUAAAGCAGAUCUGCCUAAUUCCAAUCAAUCUACGAUGACCAAGUGUGUUAUAGGGUCUGUUAGUGAUGCGUCGGUCACUGAUUUAUAUCCUCUAUAUCGGAGUUUCUCAAAGCCAGUUAUGUCUUCCAGGGCCUCUUUGAUCUUCCUUUUCAUUUUCUUCUUUCUUACUAGCUUUAGAGCUACUGCUCAAGAUCCUACCUACGUACACCACAUAUGUUCAAACACGACAACUUACACCAGAAACAGCACUUACUCCACCAAUCUCAGAGCCCUUUUAUCCUCUCUCUCUUCCAACAAUUCCUCUUACACGACCGGAUUCCAAACCGCCACCUCCGGACAAGGCGCCGACAGGGUCACAGGACUUUUCCUUUGCCGAGGAGACUUCUCGCCGGAAGUUUGUCAAAGAUGCGUCGCCUUUGUCGUCAACGACACCUCAACUCGGUGUCCUAAUGAGAGAGAGGUCGUGCUCUAUUAUGAUGAGUGUAUAGUAAGAUACUCUAACCGGAACAUUCUCUCGACGUUAGACACCAAUGUAGGACUAAUCUUGAAUAACGGCCAAAAUAUUACAUCUAACCAAAAAGACCAGUUCAGAGACUUGGUCUUGUCAACAAUGAACCAAGCCGCCAGUGAAGCUGCGGAGAGUUCUAGAAAGUUUGAUGCAAGAAGAGCUAAUUGGACUAGAUCACAGAGUUUAUACGGUUUGGUUCAGUGCACUCCUGAUCUGACAGGGCAAGACUGUUUGAGUUGUCUGCAACAGGGCAUCAAUCAGUUACCUGUUGAUAAAAUUGGAGGAAGAUUUAUUGUGCCUAGCUGUAAUUCAAGAUACGAGAUUUACCCAUUUUACAACGAGUCCGCCAUUACAACACCACCACCGCCGCCGGUUUCAGUUCCUCCACCACCAGGUGGGAAUUCAACAGUGCUAGUGAUAGCCAUUGUUGUGCCUAUUAUAGUGGUUGCUCUGCUUUUCAUAGCUUGUUAUUGCUUCCUUGCAAAGAGGGCAAAGAAGACUAAUGGCACAUCAUCUGCAUUUGAUGUUAAACAUUUGAAUGUUAAUUCUGAGCGGGAUGAUAUAACAACCGCAGAACCACUGCAGCUUGAUUACAGAUCAAUCCAAACUGCUACUAAUGAUUUUGCAGAAUGUAAUAAGAUAGGGGAAGGUGGAUUUGGAGAGGUCUACAAGGGUACAUUAUUGGAUGGCACUGAAGUUGCUGUGAAGAGACUGUCAAAGUCAUCAGGACAAGGUGACGCAGAGUUUAAGAACGAGGUUAUUCUUGUUGCAAAGCUACUACAUAGAAAUCUUGUUAGACUUCUCGGAUUUUGUCUAGAAGGAGAAGAAAGGGUACUAGUCUACGAGUAUGUGCCCAAUGAAAGCCUUGAUUACUUCAUCUUUGACCCUGCAAAGCAAAGUCAGCUAGACUGGUCUCGAAGAUACAAGAUUAUUGGUGGAAUUGCUCGAGGGAUUCUUUAUCUUCAUCAAGAUUCACGGCUCACAAUUAUACACCGUGACCUUAAAGCAAGUAACAUUCUUCUGGAUGUCAAUAUGAAUCCUAAAAUUGCUGAUUUUGGAAUGGCUAGGAUCUUUGGAAUGAACCAAACAGAGGAGAAUACAAGCAGGAUAGUGGGGACCUAUGGUUACAUGUCUCCUGAGUAUGCAAUGCAUGGUCAGUACUCAAUGAAAUCAGAUGUCUAUAGCUUCGGAGUGUUAGUUCUUGAGAUUAUAAGCGGAAAGAAGAAUAGCAGCUUCUACCAAACAGAUGGUGCACAUGACUUGGUUUCAUAUGCAUGGAGGCUUUGGAGUAAUGGGACACCGCUAGAGCUCGUGGAUUCAACUAUUGUAGAUAAUUGCCAAAGGAAUGAAGUUGUUCGAUGUGUCCAUAUAAGUCUUUUGUGUGUUCAAGAAGAUCCUGUUGAGCGUCCACCCUUGUCAACCAUAGUUCUGAUGCUCAGUAGUAAUACUGUGACAUUACCGGCCCCUAGGCAACCAGGUCUUUUCUUUCAGAGUAGACUUGGAAAAAACCCUCUUGAUUCAGACAAAUUUACAACGACCAAGUCUCUUCUAGUGUCGGUUGAUGAUGCCUCGAUUACAGAUCUAAAUCCUCGUUGA